UUUUCAUGGAUAAAGAGGCCGGGAUAUUCUUCAUGCUACAAGUUCGCUCUCUCAGUGAGCCGCGUUCGGUCAGCUUUAGAGUACUGUUCUUCCCAUUCAGCGUCAUUGGUCUCUGUUGAUGAUCUCGAAGAACUGGAAUUUCUGCAAGGCUUAAUCACGAACGUUCAGUCCGAUUCAUCGACAUCCAAUUGGAUAAUAGGUUUUAAGGCCACAGGUCAAUAUUCGCCUUAUUUCCGGUCGUCCAUGGGGAGACAAAUAGGAAAUCUGACUUUUCUUGAUACAACCCAAGAGGAAUACACAUACAUUUACACAACAGGACCGAUAAAACGCUUCGAAAGCACGAGAAGAAAUUUCAUUUGUGAAAUGUCUCCAGAGUAUGUGGGCUGUUUUUUGAGCAACGAUAGUUUUCCUGUAGUCUUGACCUCGGAUACCAUGACGAUAGAACUAUGUGUGGAAACCUGUCGUAUUAGAAAUACAACCUACGCUUUGCUGUCUCCGUCAGAAUGUAGAUGUAAUGACACACAUCUGAUGAACACCUCAAAAUCCUGCAAGUCCAGAUGCGCCAACUCCAAGAUUCAAAUUUGUGGUGACUCGGCAUCCAGUGUAUCCGUCUAUAAGAUAGAUGAAUAUUCCCUGUAUAGCUCCUGUGAAACACUAUUUGAUUCGGGAAUACGAAUACAUGGCUAUUAUGCACUGAAAGAUGGUAUUCAGUAUUGUAAAUUCUAUGAUGGUUCCGCUGAUUGCGAGGAGGGAUGGUAUGCUUUGAACGGAACCUGUUACAGUGUUCUGUUGAACUCGACUACUGGAUAUGGAUACCAACCGAUUCUGGAAUGGAGGUCUGCUUGUGCACAACAAGGAGGUAGACUGGUUUCGAUCAACAACCAGGAGCAACAUCUAUUCAUUGCCAAAGUUAUCAUGGGUUCAGAACGUUUAGUUAAGUCCGUGGUGUUGCUUGGAUAUUUUGAAUCGAUCUUGCUAGGAGCACCUUCAUGGACUUCUGGUUCAAUGUCAAAAUACAUGAUUGACGCAUAUUUCUCUGGAGAUUCGUAUCAAGAAAGAGCACUGUUCCAGGACCAGAAAUACCUGAACACUGUCAUUGGUACCUCGUCCGACACCCCUCAGGCCUCGGCAGCUGUGUGUGAAACCGAAAAAGAUUUUGUUGGAGUGUUUCAGCAACCAACAAACCUGGUACCUUUAAUUCUUCGAUAUGGCAUAAUGACUUUAACUCAGUGCAAACAAGUCUGUGUUGGGGCCGAUCAAAGGUUUGCCAUGGUUGGAAGAGAUACCUGCUGGUGUGGAAAUUCCACAGAUGUUGAUUCGCUUACCCUUGAUUUUUCGGGUGCAAGCAAAAGACGUACUGGCACAAACGAAACCUUUUGCCAAGGAAACAACAUCCAGCGCUGUCCAGAUGGGGAAAAAGUUGAUGUUUAUAAUCUAGAAUACGAUAAUGAAUACACAGCCUUCUCUUGUGAUCAUCUGUAUUCACAUGGAGUGUUUUAUAACGCUACAUACACAAUUCAGAACGAGAAUGGGACGUCAAAACAGACUUGUGGAUUUACUGACCAAACAGAUUGCCAAUCAGUCCCCAUGUUUUGGGGUUACAGAGACCAUUGUUAUAGAUUUGGAACAAUGUUAACAUCCGGAGAGACGUUCACCUCUCAGUGCAUUGAGAGCGACAGCCUUCCAUUUUUUCCCGCGGAGAAUGAUGAACUCGUCUCUGUUCUGAAACUUAUAGUUCCAGUUUUUCAGUCAGAAACUCAUCUUUUUAUCGGAACAUCCAAUAGACUGCACAACAAUCAUUACACAUCAAGUGAAGGAUUCUUUGUGAGGUCACACCCUGAUGUAACCUUCAAUGGUUCCAUAGGAUAUAUGACGUUAAAAAUGGACACAUUUGAAUGGGAAGAGGCUUCGGGAAAACACUUUGGCAUAUGUAAAUCCCCAGUUAAUGGUAGUAUUAGAUGCAUCGCCAUAAACAGUUUAAAUGGGUCAUUACUAUUUGAACACCAAAAUAUAUAUCCGAUGACGUCAUCAAUAUGUAUUCAGCUUUGCCUCGGUAGAAAUGCUAGUUAUGGUGUUGUUCGUGAACAAGGGUGUCUCUGUUACGCUAACUUGACCUAUGAGAAAAAAAUUGGCGAAUGUAAGGCUUGUUCUGGCCACGAAACCCAAAUGUGUGGAGAUGACUCGAAAGGAAGUGGAGUUCUGGUUGAUUUAGACUAUUACAGAGAGGAAACAGUUCAAUCAUGUGAAGAACUUUAUUCUUAUGGUAUAAAUAUUCCUGGUCAAUAUUUCAUCCAAAGAAACGGUACAAGUUACCUUGUGACCUGUUUUGACCGAGAUCCAUCAUUAUCAGUUAUAACAGAUUACUCCAUUACUACAUCUACAGAAUCUGGCAUUUCAAACGAGGAUUACCGAAUUAAUGUAUAUACUAACUACAACACAGACAGUAGCUGGAAACCGGAAUUUUCUGACACUGAACCACAGAUAAAGUUCACAUUUACAGAAGACUACAUACUUACUGCUAUUCAGACGCAGGGUGAUGUGGUAACAGAGUCCUGGGUGACGUCAUAUAAAUUAAUUUACAAGAAUUUAGAGAAUGAAGAUAUAGAUGUUUCAAUUAAUGGAUCAACUAACAUAACUGGAAAUAUUGAUAGAUACAGUCGUGUUACACAGUUUUUCUCCCAGCCAAUCAUAACACGAGAAUUAAGACUUUACCCGCUAUCUCAUCAGCAGCGGGUUUCUCUCCGUGUUUCUUUAUAUGGACAACCUUUGUCACUGUUUAACCAUUCCACUACAUAUUUGGGAUGCUUUUUGAAUGUGGAAGGAGAUAUUGUUGUUCAGUCUUUAGUGUCUUCAGAAGAAGGUUGCAGAACCACAUGCAAGGCGUUGUAUUACCAGUUUUAUUCCUUUUAUGAAAAUCAAGAUUCCUCAAGACAUUGUUUUUGUGGAAAAUCCCUUUACGUUUACGGAACAGUACAAGAUAAUUGGUGUUUUCCUUUUACAAAUAGUCCAGCCCUGCCAGUGAACAGAACGUACGAUACUCACUGUGAAGAAAAGAUUGAGGAAGAGGCUUCCUUUAUUUCCUCCUUUCAUCCUCACUCGAUUGACUUCUUCACUCUUACUUCCCAGAUACAAUUUGAAUGUAACCCAGGCUAUAUUCUGAGCAAUAAUGCGACGUUAAAGACGGUUACGUGCCAAGAAACCGACGGAGAGUACUACUGGAAAGAUGAACUAGGAAAAUGCAUAGUAAAGAACUGCAGCUUACUUGAGUUACCAGACACGGGAUAUACCUUAAGCACCAACAACGUAACCUUCGGUACUGUUGUCACGGUGACCUGUAAUAACAGCCUACACAUGGCUGACGGUUCUGGUUCCAAGACAGUGACCUGCCUCAGUACGGCACAGUGGAACGACAGCGUAUCUUCGUGUUCAUAUAAUUAUUGUCCUUCAUUCCCACCCACGUUACCCAAUGGGGUUUAUGUUUUGAGCCAAAACACGCUUUCUGCAACGUUCACUUGUAACCAGUUCUACACGCUCUCCAGUCUGAAAAGUCAGGAAACAAUUUCUUGUCAACAGAAUCACCAGUGGGAAGCUAUCAAUUUUACCUGCGAAGUCAAUGAUUCGGCUGUGAUCUUCAAGCAGGCGGAGUUUGAUCUGAUUGGACUCUAUGAGAGACCGGGUCCUGCAGAUUCGGUUAUUACUGAGGCUGUGUUCUCCUCCAUCUUUAAAUGUACUGACAAGUGUGUUAAGACUAGACAUUGCACGGCCUAUGCCUAUAAUAUGCAGGGAGGAGUGUGUAUCUUGUUCAAAAGCCGUGUUAAAAUUUCCGAUCUCAUUCCUACUUCAUCAUGGAAAUAUUUUGAACUAAAGCUAAUUGUGAUGGAGUAACAUAAACUGGACUAACGUAUGCUACAUUUUCUACCAGUUAAUUUGUUUCACUGGUGGUGAAUCAACCCAAAUUAUCUUUUUAUCUCACCAUCUGCCAUAAUUUACUUCUUUAAUGAGUUCAAUGUUCUAACAAACUGUUGCACCAAAAUUUCAAUCCGAAUUGCUAACGAAUUAGUCCUUUUAUCCAGUCUAGACAAAAGGCUAACGGUAGGUGCGAGCGGUGAACAUGGAAUGCUUACUCUUUCAUUCCACCUCCGAUGUUUUCAUUGGUCCGAUUUUACUCUUUAUCAAAUUUCUUGGACAGGAUGGGAACCUCUCAAUUUCUUCUCAUUCACUUGGUGUAAAAUUUUCCUUGAAUCUAAGUUUUCUUAUACUUGAUACAUGUAUAUACACUAAGUGUUUGUAAUUGUCAUCAGAUCAGGUUGCACGGUCAAUAACCCUUCAAUAACCAUGUAAUGGUCCAGUCAUAAUGAUUUUGAAAAUGGUCUAACCGUUAUGAUAUUCUAAUAAUGGCUAAUUUUAUAUCUACAAGAACUAAUAAACAAAAAAAAAAUAUUCGAAGAUAAAAACUCCUUCAGGAAACAGGC